AUGCGGGUCGCGAUCCGCUCGGGCGGACACAGCUGGGCCUGUUGGAGUCUGCGGCAGGACAGCGUGCUCAUAGAUUUCGUCGACUUCAAGCAUCCGGACUACGACGAGGCCACCGAUACCUUGAAGGCGAGUCCGGGAACAAUCGGCACGGAGUUAGUGGAAUACCUGUCACCCAAGGGAAGGUUCUUGCCAGCUGGCCAUUGCGCCACGGUGGCUUUGGGCGGGUUCCUCUUACAAGGGGGGAUGGGUUUAAACGCGAGGGGAUUUGGCUGGGCUGCUUCCUACCUCCAGGCCGUUGAUGUUGUUACGGCAAAAGGCGAGGUACUGCACUGCGACAAAGAGCAGCACGACGAUCUGUUCUGGGCAGCAAGAGGUGCCAGUCCAGGAUUCCCUGCAAUUGUCACACGGUUCUACUUGAGAACCAUGGCAAAUUUCCCUGUACAGCUGAACAGCGCCUACGUCUAUCCCAUCCAGGAGUAUGAUGCGCUCAAGACGUGGAUGAACAAGACCCUUCCAACACUCCAUCGCGAUACAGAGCCAGUGGUCCACGCCGCCAACGACCGGACAAAGGACUACAUCGCCGUCAUGGUUGUCGCUCGCGCCGACACGGAGGCGCAGGCUAAAUCGUACCUCCAGGUCCUGGCAGACACUCGUCCUCCAAACGCUCUCGAAGUCAUGGAGCAGCAACGUUCUGAUCAGGCCCAAGACUACGCGGAGUCCUUGAGGCUGAUGCCACCCCACCACCGGUGGGUUGCGGACAACCUAUAUCUGGAAAACAAGGUGGACUUCGCGGAGACCGUCAAGGAAGCGUUCACAUCGCUCCCCAAAGGAGGUAUUGCCUUCUGGGAGCCAAUGAACCCUGUCUCGCGCGAGCCGCUUGAAGACACGGCGCUCAGUCUGCACACUGAUCACUACGUUGCCCUCUAUGCGGCAUACAAGUGUUGGAAGGCUCCUUCUGAGCGUUUGAUAGCGGGAGAUUUCUCUCCUUAA